GGUGCAAAAAUAAAUAAACCAAAAAUAAAACCCUUAAAGGAGCAACAAAAGUGGAAUAUUAAACAAGAAAGCGCACAGCAAAAAACAGCAAAAAAAUCUACACUUAAAACUCAAUUUAAAUUUUAUCGUGUUUGCAUUUAGAAGAAAUGCCGAUUGACAGCUAUUGCUGAAAAUUACAUCAACUAUUUACAAAAGGGAAAAUAUAAAUAAAUAAAAGUGAAAUUGUAAGCAAAGGCAAACAAUAGCGACAACAAACAAGUGAAAAUAUAAAUAAAAUACGAUAUUUACAACCUGCCCACAGCAACGCGUUGCCACCUCUACAUCACAAGCAACAAGUUAACGUCGAGAGUUUCAACAUUUUUUGAAUCCAUCUGAGGUAUUUACCAAAAGCACCCGAAAAGCAUCAAGACAAUAGUCAGGUCAGAUACGAAUCAAUCAGCAAAUCAACUAACCCACCAAACGACCCACUUACAAUAACUUAACUACAAUUUAUUUUACAUUCUUGUAAACAACUCAAAUCAUUCAUUCACCUACAGCAGGUUAAGACGUGCAAGCUCAAGUAUAUAAGUCAAAAUGUGGCCGUCUCACUGUCAACGGCUCGUUCUGCUUGUCAUCAGCCUCACCUGCUUUGCUUGCCUCUUCGCGCCUGUGGCGUCACGUUCGCGUGACAAAGAAGGCCGUCGACGUAGCGAUCGCCUGUCAACUGUUUCGUCCACCUCCGCAUCAACCUACUACAGCAACUAUGCGGGCAUCUCCCCCGUUGCCACUAGCAUAUAUACGGGCCCCAUGGAUACAACCGGAUUUUGUGUACGUCGCCGCGACAUGAAACUCAUGUGCUAUUGCACGCCUGACGAGAAUCAUGUGCCCGUACAAAAAGCAGAAUGUUGGAUAUUCUCCGAUGUCUUGUUACAGAAUGACACAACUUGGACGCGCUUCUUUCAACAGAAGCGUUUGCGUGAAUUGAAAUUUGUUAUACAAAAUCAUGGCCGACUCGAUUAUAUACCCACAAUGAUAAUUGAAUCAUUAAAGAAUUUGUCCAGUAUUGUUAUUGAGUAUUCCCAAGUGGAUGUUGUGAGGAGUAACGCUUUCGCAAAUCUCCCAUAUUUGGAGCGUAUCAUAUUGACGAAUAAUCACAUUGUGGCAUUGGCUCAGGAUGCUUUCGCCAAUCAUAUACGUUUGCGUGAAUUGAAUUUGGAGCACAAUCAAAUCUAUGAAAUCGAUCGGAAUGCCUUCCACAAUUUGCCACAAUGUGAACGUCUAUUCUUGAAUAACAACAACAUUACCAACCUGCAUGAGAGUUUGUUUGUAGAGAUGCCACAUUUGAAUUAUUUGAAUUUGGCUUAUAAUCAAAUUUCUGUGCUGACCAGUGAUAUCUUUAAGGGCCUAGGCAAUUUAAAUGUGCUGAAGUUAUCACAUAAUAAUAUAAAUUUUAUUGGAGACACUGUAUUUGCGGAGCUAUGGAUAUUGUCGGAAUUGGAAUUGGACGAUAAUCGAAUUGAGCGUAUUUCGGAACGCGCUCUAGAUGGUUUGAAUACUCUAAAAACGCUGAAUCUACGCAAUAAUUUACUGAAAAAACUCGACAAUGGCUUACUACGUGGCACACCAGCACUCCUAUCGAUCAAUGUCCAAGGCAACGAUUUGGAAACUUUGACAUUUUAUACAUUCCAGCCAAUUAUGGAUAAUUUAGUCAACAGCACGAGUGAACUGCUGCUCUCAGAUUUUGUUGACAUUGAUCCACGGCUCUUGGAUGAGGGCUACAUCAUGACCACCAGCAGCCAAGCGGACAGAAAUAUUCGCAGACGUGAGCCUAGAAUGGUAGAGGCUUAUUUGGAAUUCAACGAGGACACCUUCGCCGCUCUAAACCCUACCCACCGAUGUGCGCGCAGGCGAACGCGCAUUCCACAAGAUGAUGGCUGCUGCUACGGCUCGCUUUACUCCAGCUGGAAGGAUCCGGGACAUGCGCCCAAAUUCCGCAACUAG